AUGGCCACCGUCAUAGAAUCCAUGGCCAUCGUUCCUCACCCUUCUUCUGUCACCCGGAGUUCUCUCAAGUUCUCACGUUACGUGGCCCUAAAACUGAAGCCCAAUCCCAAAUUCAGGCCCAUUUUCACUGCUUCGCCUGCUUUCAGAAACGCUACCCGCACUUCACGUGUAGUGUGCGAGGCCCAGGAUACCGCUGUGGAUGAAAUGGUUUAUAUAUAUAUUGCAGUGGCUCCUAUAACGGAAGCAAAUUGGCAAUCACUUGUACUUGAAUCUGAUUCACCCGUUUUGGUUGAGUUCUGGGCUCCAUGGUGUGGUCCCUGCAGAAUGAUCCACCCUAUACUUGAUGAACUAGCAAAACAAUAUGCUGGGAAACUCAAGUGUUACAAACUCAAUACAGAUGAGAGUCCUUCAACUGCUACCCGCUACGGAAUUAGAAGUAUCCCAACUGUUAUGAUCUUUAAAGACGGUGAAAAGAAAGACACUGUUGUUGGAGCUGUGCCCAAGUCAACACUAACAUCCACCAUAGAAAAAAUCUUAUAA